AUGUCUCAAGAGCCAAGUCACCGUAGUUUGGGCCGUUUGCCACUCUACUUGGUACCCAUGACACCCACUGCAUUGGGUAAACUGAGUCCUGAUGUUACCCCGACUCUUGCCUUCGGUGUCUCAGCCUAUUGCCUUGUUCGACGUGCUCCGUUUCCAAAAUCGGAAGGUGGAAAACCUGAUCUUGAUAGCAUGGUGAUGCCUCAAGACAUUCAGAAAGGUCUUCGUAUUGGAAGUCGUAAGUUUCGUUUCGAACGGAAUGAAACGUCUGGGCGAGUAAGACAAAUCAUCCCAGGUGGCAUUCACUUGAUAGGUUUCAAGCCACUGGAUAAAUUAAAACCUUGGUGUCAAAUGAAGGCCCCUCAGUUUCUUUAUCCAGAAGAGACUAUGGCCAAAGGAAGCACUUUGUGGUUCACCGCUCUCCUUUCCUCCUGUCUGAGGAAGAAAGUAUUCGGCGUUGCUCUCUAUGUGCAGCGUCAGGGUUUACCACCGCAUUUAGUUGCUCUUGUCCCUCAGGCUGAACAACUGGAUGAAACUGGUGGACAAGUAGCUAGUCCAGGAUUUCAGGUUACAUAUCUCCCAUUCAGGGAAGAUUUUAGAAAAUUGGUGCUGCCUAAACAUCCUCCAGUAGCUGGUUCAGAAGAGGUGAACGCUGCGGUAGAAAUGAUAAAGAAGAUGUCGACAAAAUACUAUUCUGAUGCUAUCUCCAAUCCAACUCUUCAGAAAUACUAUGCUGAAUUAGAAGCUCUGGUCCUUGAACGCACGGAGGUGAAUGAAAUUGUUGAUCAUACACAACCUGAUGUGGAAGAAAUGCAAAAACAUGCUGGAAAGGAGAUUAGCAAAUUUAUCGACCUCAUAUCCCAAGCUGAUGGGGAUAAAUGUUUCGCGUCCCCUUCAAAGAAAGCUGCAACUACCUUAGAUCUGAGGGAACUUCAAGACCACGUUAAAAGCGGCACACUGGCCAAAUUAACAGUACCUACACUGAAGCAGUGUGCCAUCAUGCGAAAUGUAAAAUCAGCCUCAAAUAGAAAGGCUGCUCUUUUAGCGGCAAUCAUUGACUUCUUUGACGCAUAG